CUUCCAUGGUUUCUCCCACCCCCAAACAGUCUUCUUUUCAUCCCGCUCUUGCGGUCUCCAACAUUAAAAAUUUCAUACCCAUCACCCUUGAUCUCGAGACUGUUGAGUAUACCUCUUGGUCCGAGCUUUUUAAAAUUACCGCUAGAGCAUAUCAAGUCCUCGAUCACAUCAUCCCAUCCCCUACCGAUGAGGCAUCAUCUUCCGCUACCCCUCCGGCUCUCACCAUCACUGAGCGUCUUGAACAAGAAGCUGCUCGGGCUGAAGCUUUGGCACUAUGGACUCGUCUUGAUGCCAUAGUUCUCCAGUGGAUAUACGGCACUAUAUCCACAGAUCUGCUUCAUACCAUUAUCGAGGCGGAUUCUACCGCCCAACAAGCUUGGGAGCGCUUAUCCGACAUUUUUCAAGAUAACAAACAAACUCGGGCUGUUCAUCUUGAAAAUCAGUUCUCCCACACUAGGAUGGAUCAAUUUCCUAAUGUCACGUCCUACUGCCGUGCUCUUAAGUCCCUUGCCGACCAACUUGCCAAUGUCAACUCUCCGGUGGAUAAUCAUCGAUUGGUCCUCCGCAUGGUCUCUGGGCUUCCUCAAGAGUAUGCUACGGUGGCUACUAUUAUUCAACAGUCAAAUCCUCUGCCACUGUUUAGUACUGCUCGUUCCAUGGUCCGGCUGGAAGAGACCCGUCAGGCGCAACAGACACCAUCCGCCGCUGCUCUUGUUCACACCGGUGGUCCAUCUCCUCCAAGGGAUCCACCUCCCCCUCCACAUCCAUCCGCCGCCCGUGGUCGCUCCACUGUUACGAGAGAUAUGCCCAGGCGGUGGUCAACGUAUGUAUGCCCAUGCAUGCAUACAUAAAUAAUAUGGCCCCCCUCUGGACUUCUUCCCAGCAGCACUGCCGGCCACCGCCCUUGUGCCAGCGUCUGCACACCGAACUCACUGCCAUGCGCCAUCUUCCUUCUUCAAUUUCUUUUAUCCCAGAGAUGCUUGUUCAAAUAAGGGGGAUUCAAGGUUUGCCUUCACCGCCGGUAACUGCACCCGCCACCGCCCGGAAGUGCGGCGGCCAUCUCUGAUGAUUACGGCCGCCGCUGGAGUUGGAGUUUGCCGGAUUUCGGAGUUGGAGUUCGCCGAAUUUCUGGAGUAAAGUGAAGGGCGGCACUACAGUGAAGGGCGUGCGUCUGGGUGCGGUGAAGUCCGCCGGCGGCACAAGUGUGGUGGACUUCUGGUGGCGGCGUUCAUGUUUGCAGAAGGUCGUGACUUGGGGCAAGCUAGAAGAAAGAGGGCAAGUCGUGUGACGUGGGGCGAGCUAGAAGAAAAAGGGAAGAGAAGAAGAAAAGGGAAAGGAAAGAAAAAAAAAAGAAAAAAGAAAAAAGAAAAAGAAAAGAGAAAUGAAAAAAAAUGCCAUGUCCUCUAAAAAAAAUGCCACGUAGGCUGCCACGUGGGUCGUUAACUGGCAAACCGAGAUGCUACCGGGUAAUCGGCCCAAUUGAGCAUUUUUAAAGAGUUCAAGGGUUUAAUU